AACAACAAAUAGAGUUCAUAGUUCAAACAGAGCAUGGCUGUCCACCCUAUAUUGCCGUCCAACCAACUCUCCCUCUUGAUUCUUUGUUUCGUUACUGCAGUAGUUGGAUACCCUGCCGUUCGUCCAGAAUUAUCCCAUGAAAUCAGUCUACAGCCAGCGAACUUCCCCAACGAACGCCUCUACCAAGCCUACCUUGCCAUCCAGCGUUUCAAGAACUCCAUAAAUAGUGACCCCAAGAACAUCACUGCCACCUGGUCCGGCAAUGAUAUCUGCAGUGAGAAGACCUAUCUCGGCUUCCACUGCGCAACGCCGCCAGGGUUAGAUGAGAAGCUAACAGUAACGGCGGUUCUUUUUAAUGGCUUUGGCCUGCAUGCGCCGAGGUUGCAAGGCUUCGCCGACCAGCUUCCUGAUCUGGCGAUUUUCCAUGCGUCCUCCAACAACUUUGGCGGCGACAUCCCUCACCUGGACAGCCUGCCGUACCAGUUCGAGUUCAAUACUGCUAAUUACGACAUCCGACGUAUGCUGCCUCGCGGCCGUACUUCCGGCGACGCAAGGGGAGGUAUAGAAGGAAGUCGUGAGACAGACGGUAAAAAACCUGGUAAUCUCCGACCUCCAGCAUGCACUAAUACUUUUCUUAACAUCACAUACCACUUCCGAAUUGGCACCCCGGAAGGAGGAAUCAUUCCGGGCGUUACCGAUGCUAAGGCACUUAUCCUGAACUACAAUAACCUGUCUGGGAAACUUCCAACGAACAUUGGCUUCUUCAAGUUGAGCUAUCUCGCCCUCGCCAACAACAAGCUCAGCGGGUCAAUCCCAACAUCAAUCGCACAAUUGCAAGACUCCCUCCUAGAGGUACUCCUCCUCAACAACCAGCUCUCCGGCUGCCUCCCCAACGAGCUCGGCAUGCUCACCAAGACCGCCGUCAUCGACGCUGGGAUGAACCAGCUCACCGGCCCGAUCCCCUCAUCCUUCUCGUGCCUCAGCAGCGUCGAGCAGCUCAACCUGGCCGGGAACCGCCUGUACGGGCAGGUUCCUGAUGCGCUCUGCAAGCUGGCCGGGCCGGCCGGCCGCCUCUCCAACCUCACGCUGUCGAGCAACUACUUCACGUCGGUCGGGCCGGCGUGCUCGGCACUGAUCAAGGACGGCGUGCUGGACGUGAAGCACAACUGCAUCCCCGGCUUCGCCAAUCAGAGGGGCCCGGCGGAGUGCGCCUCGUUCCUGAGCCAGCCCAAGACGUGCCCGGCGGCGAGCGCUCGCGUGGCUUGCCCCGCCGCGGACGCCAAGAUGAACGCGCCGGCACCGGAGGGGAGGGUGGCCAAGGACUACUCCAGCUACGUGGUGUACGCCACUCUGCAUGAGUGAGGUGGCAGCGCAUGCAGUGGGGACGCGCCGUGCCUAGCUACGUCGUCGGUAUUUGCUUUUGUAUUCUUGUGUGUGUGUUUGGUGCGCACGUGAUUGUUGUUUGUUUCCUUUGUACGUGUGGCUGUCGGGUCUAGAUCUCGGCUCUUGUGUGUGUUGUGCUGCUACGUCAGUUUUGUGGCAGUAAAUUAAUUUGGAUUGUAUCUUGCAUGUUUCAAUUAUAUAUUUGUUGGCUGCAUAUUUCAAUUAUAGAUGUUGGAAUUAUGUGAA